ACGACAGUAAAAGGCUAUAAAAGAUUGUCCUGCGCCCAGUGCGUUUACACCCCAGAACAGGGAACAGAUCUUCCACUUCAGCUCCGAGUGAGCAUCAGCAAGAGAAACUGCAACGAUGAGUUAUGGAGACAUCACUAGAGUGUAUGCUACUGGUGCUUCUGAGAAGACUUCUCAGCAGGAUAAACUGGGUUACUCUGGUGUGAGAGCAUCAGAAAAAAUGGCCCAAAUGGAUUCUGAAAGAAUGAAUAAAUUCAGAUCAAAAAUCAACAGAGUGGGAAGUCAGUGCGGUAUUGAUCCGGCCCUUAUUGCUGCCAUCAUCUCCAGAGAGUCCAGAGCCGGAAACGCCCUGGAUGACGGAUGGGGGGAUCACGGUAACGCCUGGGGACUCAUGCAGGUGGAUAUUAGACAUCACUCUGCAAAAGGAGACUGGGACAGUGAGGAGCAUCUCCGCCAAGCUACAGGGAUCCUUGUUCAUUUCAUUAAAAGGAUUCAGAACAAGUUCCCGAGCUGGAGCAGAGAGCAGCAGCUGAAAGGAGGGAUAGCGGCCUACAACAUGGGGGACGGAAACGUCCAUUCAUAUGAAAAUGUGGAUGCCAUCACAACUGGCAAAGAUUACUCCAAUGAUGUUGUUGCCAGAGCCAAGUGGUACAAAAGAAAUGGUUACUAAAUUCAGCUUGAUAAAUCUGUUUGUCCUGCUAUAAAGAAAAGAUACUUCCAUGCAAACUCAAAAUUUUUUACAUGUUUAUUCAUGCAACAGGUUUUGAUUAUAAUACAGAAGCGUGUUGCUGCUGUCACAGAGGAUCAGCAUCAGCAUCUCCUCCAUGUCUUAGAUCAAAAAUGAAGUGAAACUUGUCCAUUCUCUACUAGCUUUCAUUAUGUAUGGACUAAAGCACAACUGUCCAACUCAGGGCCCGGGGGCCAAAUCUGGCCCGCAAU